CAAUUUGAGGGCCUGAAGCGGAGGGUGGCGGCUGAGCGCACUGGGAGCCCGCGGGAGUCGGGGCAGUGGGGCCGCGGGGCGCGCGGGGCGGGCGGCGAGCGGAGCCGGCCGGAGCGGGCCGGGCAGCGGCCGCCGCCGUCCCGGAGCGCGCGCGCGGGGGGGCCGGAGGAUGGAGCUGAACUCCCUGCUGAUCCUGCUGGAGGCGGCCGAGUACCUGGAGCGCAGGGACCGAGAGGCCGAGCAUGGCUACGCCUCGGUGCUGCCCUUCGACGGCGACUUCGCCAGGAAGAAAACAAAGGCUGCCGGCCUGGUGCGCAAGGCUCCGAACAACAGGUCUUCACACAAUGAACUAGAAAAGCACAGACGAGCCAAGCUCAGGCUCUACCUGGAGCAGCUGAAGCAGCUGGUGCCCCUGGGCCCCGACAGCACCCGCCACACCACACUGAGCCUCCUGAAGCGCGCCAAGACGCACAUCAAGAAACUGGAGGAGCAGGACCGCAGGGCGCUGAGCAUCAAGGAGCAGCUGCAGCGCCAACACUGCUUCCUGAAGCGGCGCCUGGAGCAGCUGUCGGUACAGAGCCUGGAGCGCGUGCGCACAGACAGCACAGGCUCUGCCGUCUCCACGGACGACUCGGAGCAAGAAGUGGACGUGGAGGGCAUGGAGUUUGGCCCCGGCGAGCUGGAUAGCGUUGGCAGCAGCAGUGACGUGGACGACCACUACAGCCUGCAGAGCGACGGCGGCUAUGGGCCCCCCUGCCGGCGGCCGGCCCGCCCCGGCCUCUCGUAGGCCUGGUGCCCUCUGUCCUUGGCCUGCCUGCCACCCAGCCACGUGCGUCAGCCCUCCGGUCCUCUCCAGCCUCUUGGUGGGUCACUGCUGUGCCAUUCGGGAAGCUCCCGCAGCCUCCGGGGCUGCCGCCUCCCCCACCUGCCGGUCAGGGCCCACCUCGCCGCCCGCCCCUCCCAGCUGGGCAGGGACCCCACAGGGAGGUGUGCCCAGCUCCCGAGCCCUGGAGCCCAGCGUAGCCACCCGUGGUCUGUUCUCAGAUUCCUGAUCAUUCCAGAAGUAUUAAAUGUCGUUGCUGCAAACCCGGCGGGCGCCGUGUGCGGGGCUUACUGACCACGUGGGCAGCUCAAACCCCACCCCAGGCCCCAGGAGGAAGGAGUGGACUGAGGAAGGAAGGAAGGCGUGGCUCUCCAUUCAUCUGUCCAUCUGUCUGUCGGUCCACGUAGGCUCCUGAAGCCUGGACAGAGAGAGCCAUGAGACAGGAUGCGGGUGAGCACCCAGGGGCAGGAGGCGGGGGAAGGGCCUUUGCACCCUGAGGGUGUCAGGAGCCUGGGCUGGGUUCCCGGGGCAGGCCAGGCCACCCUCCUACCCCCCCACCCCCUGGGCAGCUUCCGCUUUGUUAGGUACCUCAGGUGUACACAUGCACGCACCUAGUCACGUCUACCCGCCUGCACACAUGCACACAUGCACACGCACACACACGUGGCCACCAGACCCAGAGGUGCCUGGGACCCAGAGGUCACCUGGGCAGCACUGGCCCUGGCCUGUGCCUGGCUCCCUCUCCUCUGUGAGUCCCCUGCGCAGUCUGCACAGGGAGGCGGCUUCUGCCCCGGCAGGGGUGAGGUGUGUGCUGGGUCCUCAGGGGACUGUCUGGUCUCCCUGUUCUAAAGGAAGGGCCUGAAAUAAACGCGGCUCCCUGCCCAGCAGCCCGAGCGGCGGGAGGGGCUUCCCGGGAGCAGGGCUUGUGGAGAGAAGCGGCCCGAGGACUCAGGCGGUGCUGCCGGCGCGCCUCUAUUUCCGGAACCAGAUUUUUGUACUCUAUUUUCCUAGUCGUGGCGUCCUUGUGUGCUGAGGGGGGGAGCCGGCGUCUCAGGGACUGGUCCGUCUGUCACCACUGUCCAAGUGUGCCUUGUGUCCUGUGUCAGGCCCCACCCCGGCCGCCACCACCAGCAUCUCCCUCCCACGUGCCGGGCAGGUGGUCUCCCGCCCACCCCCACCCCCUCCCAGCAGCCGCCACCUCCAGGGAGGGAGAGCCUGCAGGGCCAGUCAGGGCUGCUUUCUGUCGCCUUGGCAGGAGGAGCUGACCGGGCCCCAGUGUCACCCUCCCAGUGGCUCGCAGGGACCUGCUGUGCAGCUUGGCCUCCAGUCGGGAGGGCCUGCUAACCAGAGACCUAGGGUCUCACCUGGACCCAGCUUGAACCCUCCCGCCCCCUGCCCGGGGCGAGGGCUCGGGUUCCGACCUUGGCAGCUGAGGAAGACAGCAUCCUCCGCGGGUGGUCAGGCCUGAGCAUUAGGCUUCUCCUGGCCUUUCGUUCCGAGUCCUUGUCCCCGGGGACCACACAGCAAUACUCGGGGGCGGGCGGUGGGGCCGACCCACCGCGUGCCUCCUCCCUCCCGGGUGCAUGGUAACCACUUUGCCAACCGCGUUUGUCUCCAGUCCUGCCGGCAGACACCCACAUGGGUGGCCUAACCGAGGCAGAAGGGGUCCCUGGAGACAGGUCUGUCUGGCACAGAACCUGCCCCCCGAGCUCGGGAUGGUGGGUGCACGUGGGCCCGUGGGGUCAGGGCUGGGGUCGUAGGAAAACUCUUCUGCUGGCAUCUCCUUCCAGCUGGACCGGGCCCCCCGAGGCUUCUCCCGUCUGUCUGAGCAUGUCCACCGUGUGUUAGGGCAGGAGAAGCCGCAAGUCCGGCCCCGGGGACGGUCUGUGUCCUGAAUUCUUAAAGCAUCAGCUCCCCACCGACCCCUAAAAACCUGUGGAGGCUCUGCUCCCGCCUCUGGCCUCAGCAUCCUGCCCCAUGACAAGCUGUGGCCCUCGGCCCACCCGGCUGGCAGCUCCCCCCAUGGCUCCUCAGCCAUGGUUUCCAUGUGGGCCAGGGAGUUGGCCUCGCUGGUGCUGCCCACACCCGCAGACAUGAGGGGUGGCCCUCAGGGCCAGGCCAGGUGCUAGGAGUUACACAUCCAUUGCCCUCCCUCCAGCUCCCUGCCGUCUGCACAGGCUGGCUUGGUGGGGGGCCAUGGUGCCCGGAGAGGGCCCUGCUGAGGCCUGAUGGAUUGCUAAGAGCACGCCUCAGCGCUGUCGGGUCUGUAAAGCCAAUGUGACCAGCACAGGGCCCCUGGGGGUGCCUGCACCCUCUCUCCAUGUGCCCUCCCAGGCCAUGUGGGGCACUGUGGCACUGGGUGGCUGAAAUCCUGGAACCCCAGCCUCAGGUUUGGGUCCCCACGCUUGUGCAGUGGCCCCCACACUCCUGGCCACCACCCCAGUGUAGGUCCAGCUGGCUGGGGGGGCUGCCGGCAGCUCCCCCUCUGAGCCUGGGGCCCGCCUCUGCAUAUUCCGUUUAAGAGGCCAGUGCCCGAGCCUCCUUUCCUGGGCAGGUGGAGCCCUGUGCCCAACCGUGGCCCCGAGAGCCCCUCCUGUCUGCCCCAGGUAGUCCCCAUCUGCUGGGCGAGGCAGGCUUCCCACUCCCUGCUCCCUGCCUCUCUCUGGGCAGCAAACCUGGGCCCCUCCCCACCUCUGUGCACAUAGGACUCUGAGCCUGGGCCGCAUCCAGGGCACCAGGGCAGGUUCUGUGCCAGGGUCCGGGGCGGCCCAGGAGGCCUGGUGCUGGCCAGGUGGGCGCAUUACAAGACCCUCCCUGGAGAGAGAGGGGUCACUCAUCCACUGCUCACGGGGAGGGGCUGUGCUGUACCAUUCUGUCUUUGUAAUAUAAAUACAGAUUUUUAUACCUCA